GCGGCGGCGGCCGGAAGCGCGCGAGGGGGCGGGGCCGAGGCCGGCGGGCGCGGGGAAAAUGGCGGCGGCGGCGGCGAACGGGACCGGCGGGAGCAGCGGGAUGGAGGUGGAUGCGGCAGUGGUCCCCAGCGUGAUGGCCUCCGGGGUGACGGGCAGCGUCUCGGUGGCCCUGCACCCGCUCGUCAUCCUCAACAUCUCGGACCACUGGAUCCGCAUGCGCUCGCAGGAGGGCCGGCCCGUGCAGGUGAUCGGGGCGCUGAUCGGGAAGCAGGAGGGCCGGAAUAUCGAGGUGAUGAACUCCUUUGAGCUGCUGUCCCACACCGUGGAGGAGAAGAUCAUCAUCGACAAGGAAUAUUAUUACACCAAGGAGGAGCAGUUUAAACAGGUCUUCAAGGAGCUGGAGUUUCUGGGCUGGUAUACCACGGGAGGCCCGCCCGACCCCUCCGACAUCCACGUCCACAAGCAGGUGUGUGAGAUCAUCGAGAGCCCACUGUUCCUCAAGCUGAACCCCAUGACCAAGCACACGGAUCUGCCCGUGAGUGUGUUCGAGUCGGUCAUUGACAUCAUCAAUGGAGAGGCCACCAUGCUGUUUGCAGAGUUGACCUACACUCUGGCCACCGAGGAGGCGGAGCGUAUUGGGGUGGACCAUGUGGCACGGAUGACAGCCACAGGCAGUGGCGAGAAUUCCACGGUGGCCGAGCACCUGAUUGCACAGCACAGUGCCAUUAAGAUGCUGCACAGCCGUGUCAAACUAAUCCUGGAGUACGUCAAGGCCUCAGAAGCAGGCGAGGUCCCCUUUAACCAUGAGAUCCUGCGGGAGGCUUAUGCGCUGUGCCACUGCCUCCCGGUACUCAGCACCGACAAGUUCAAGACAGAUUUUUAUGACCAAUGCAACGAUGUGGGGCUCAUGGCCUACCUUGGCACCAUCACCAAAACGUGCAACACCAUGAACCAGUUCGUGAACAAGUUCAACGUCCUAUACGACCGACAAGGCAUUGGCAGACGGAUGCGGGGUCUCUUCUUCUGAGGCUACUUGAAGGAUGGUGCCUGGGGUGUGGACAGCUGGCCCAGAGGGAUAGGGUAACUUCCUCUAGAGAAACCUGUGUAUUAAUAAAGGGAAACAGCCCCAGCACCCC